AUGAGCGAACUGGGUCACAGAACAUCUCAGGUGCUCCGGAAGUCGUUCGCGUGCGAUGAGUGCAAACGGCGCAAAGUCCGCUGUUCCGGGGAAGAGAAUUGCUCCAAUUGUCUCCGAGAUGACAAAGCAUGCCGGUACACCUCCCCGUCUCAGCGGCUCUGGUCGCUUCAGAGACGCCUCCACGAAUCGGAGAGAAUACGAAGGGAAAUGGAAAUUGCCUGGAAAGCAUACCUGCCCACGGUUGAUCUGCAAGAGGCAAUCCGUAGCACACGAGGCAGCCCUCCAGACACAGCCGCGACCGUGAAAAGAAAGCGCAAGCUGAGCAACGAAGUGGAGCAUCCUACCGAACAGACCUCGUCGGGCAUCACGGAGCACAGCAAUGCGGAGGACUACGAGUUCGACGAGUCGCAAGACUUUGACAACUCGAUUGACGGCAUGGGCUUCCUGACGGUCGAUCCGCACAAGGCAGGCUAUACUGGUCCGCAGUCUGGCAUCGCCGCCUUGAAGUUUCUGCAGUCGCUUCCGCUUUACCUCCCACUGAAUAGCAUCAACACUCCUUCGUCGCUCGAUGAGGACGGCCUUCCGACCGCAUCUCAGCCAAUCGAGGUAUUGAACCGCUAUAUCGAUGAGUAUUUCUCCCUCUUCCACCCCGCCUAUCCUAUUCUUCAUGAGGGUACUUUCCGUGCUCGAGUUUCGGGUAUGUCUCCCAACGUUGACCAUCUGGAAACGCCCUGA